AUGGAGUUGGCACAACUUGAAGCAUUAUGCGAGAGGCUUUACAAUUCACAGGAUUCAGUUGAACGUGCUCACGCCGAGAACACACUGAAAUGUUUCUCUAUGAACACCGAUUACAUUUCCCAAUGCCAAUACAUUCUUGAUCAUGCUUUGACACCUUAUGCUUUGAUGCUUGCUAGUUCUAGUUUGUUGAAACAAGUCACCGAUCACAGUCUUGAUUUGAAACUCCGUCUUGAUAUAUGGACCUAUCUCAUCAACUAUCUCGCCACCAGAGGACCUGAGUUACAACCUUUUGUGACUGCUUCUCUCAUCCAACUUCUCUGUCGAGUCACCAAAUUUGGAUGGUUUGAUGAUGAUCGAUUCCGCGACCUUGUCAAAGAAUCUACCAAUUUCUUGAGUCAGGCAACUCCCGGUCAUUAUGCCAUUGGUUUGAAGAUAUUGAAUCAGCUUAUUUCCGAGAUGAAUCAGGCGAAUGCUGGUUUACCUGCAACAAAGCAUCGAAGGGUAGCUUGCUCCUUUAGGGACCAAUCUCUUUUUCAAAUAUUUCAGAUAUCUUUAACAUCAUUGGGCCAGUUGAAGAAUGAUGCCAUCAGUCAAUUGCAAGAACUGGCACUCUCUCUUUCUUUGAAAUGUUUAUCAUUUGAUUUUGUGGGGACAUCUGUGGAUGAAAGUUCAGAUGAGUUUGGCACAGUUCAGAUUCCAUCUCCCUGGAAAUCAGUUUUGGAGGACUCUUCAACGUUGCAACUAUUUUUUGAUUACUAUGCCAUUACAAAGGCCCCUCUUUCGAAGGAGGCACUGGAGUGCUUGGUGCGCCUAGCGUCUGUAAGACGUUCAUUGUUUACCAAUGAUGCUGCCCGUUCUAAGUUUUUGGCCCACUUAAUGACUGGAACCAAAGCAAUCCUGCAAACAGGGCAAGGUCUUGCAGAUCAUGAUAAUUACCAUGAGUUUUGUCGUCUUCUUGGCCGGUUCAGAGUGAAUUACCAGUUGUCCGAGCUUGUCAAUGUGGAAGGCUAUAGCGAUUGGAUACGUUUAGUUGCAGAGUUCACUCUCAAAUCUUUGCAAUCAUGGCAGUGGGCCAGCAACAGUGUCUACUACCUGUUAGGGCUGUGGUCCAGAUUGGUGUCUUCUGUUCCAUAUUUGAAGGGUGAUGCGCCAAGCUUACUGGAUGAAUAUGUUCCUAAGAUUACUGAAAGUUUCAUCACAUCAAGAUUCAAUUCUGUGCAGGCUGGAUUACCUGAUGAUCUUGAGAACCCCUUAGACAAUGCUGAACUUCUUCAGGAUCAAUUAGACUGCUUUCCAUAUUUAUGCAGAUUUCAGUAUGAAAGCAGUAGUUUAUUUAUAAUAAACAUAACAGAGCCUGUCCUGCAAAUAUACACGGAAAGGGCAAGAUUACAGGUUAGUGAUAGCAAUGACCUUUCUGUGAUUGAAGACAAACUCGCUUGGAUUGUUCACAUUGUUGCAGCAAUUCUUAAGAUAAAACAAUGCACGGGAUGUAGUGUGGAAUCUCAGGAAGUGCUAGAUGCCGAAAUUUCAGCUCGAGUUCUGCAGUUGAUCAACGUAACUGACAGUGGAGUACACAGUCAGAGAUAUUGUGAAAUAAGCAAACAAAGACUUGAUAGGGCAAUACUUACUUUUUUUCAGCAUUUCCGCAAGUCUUAUGUAGGAGACCAGGCAAUUCAUUCUUCCAAGCAGUUAUAUGCCCGGUUAUCAGAGCUCCUUGGCCUGCAUGAUCAUCUAUUACUGUUGAAUGUGAUCGUGGGCAAGAUAGCAACUAACCUAAAGUGCUACGCCGAGAGUGAAGAGGUCAUUGAUCACACCUUAAGUUUGUUCUUGGAGCUUGCAUCAGGCUACAUGACUGGCAAGCUACUUAUGAAGUUGGACACAGUGAAAUUUAUCAUUGCCAAUCAUACGAGAGAACAUUUUCCAUUUUUGGAAGCAAAAAAGUGCUCCCGCAGCAGAACAACUUUCUAUUACACUAUUGGCUGGUUGAUAUUCAUGGAGGAUAGCUCUGUGAAAUUUAAAUCUUCAAUGGAUCCUCUUCAGCAGGUGUUCCUCAGUUUGGAAUCAACUCCCGAUUCAGUGUUUCGAACAGAUGCUGUAAAGUAUGCACUUGUUGGAUUGAUGAGGGACCUUAGAGGAAUCGCAAUGGCCACAAACAGCCGCCGGACUUAUGGCUUUCUAUUUGACUGGUUGUAUCCUGCACACAUGCCUCUACUCUUAAAAGGAAUCUCACAUUGGACAGAUAACCCAGAGGUUACGACCCCAUUGUUGAAGUUCAUGGCUGAGUUUGUGCUAAAUAAAGCUCAACGUUUGACAUUUGACUCUUCUUCUCCAAAUGGAAUACUUCUCUUCAGAGAAGUCAGUAAACUGAUUGUCGCUUAUGGAUCUAGAAUUUUGACUCUUCCAAAUGCUGCUGAUGUAUAUACAUACAAGUACAAAGGAAUAUGGAUAUGUUUAACAAUACUGUCAAGAGCCCUUGCAGGAAACUAUGUCAACUUUGGUGUGUUUGAACUGUAUGGUGACAGAGCUCUAUCCGAUGCACUUGAUGCUGCUCUAAAGAUGACUCUGUCAAUUCCCAUGUCCGAUAUAUUGGCCUAUCGAAAGCUAACAAGGGCUUAUUUUGCAUUCUUGGAAGUUUUGUUCAACAGCCACAUCACUUUCAUAUUGAGCCUGGACACGAACACCUUUAUGCAUAUAGUUGCCUCCCUCGAAUCUGGUCUAAAAGGCUUGGAUACAAGUAUAUCAUCACAGUGUGCAUCCGCUGUUGAUAAUUUGGCUGCUCUCUAUUUUAACAACAUCACUAUGGGAGAGGCUCCAAAUUUACCUGCAUCUGUCAAUCUUGCUCGUCAUAUUGCAGAGUGUCCCACUCUAUUCCCAGAAAUUUUGAAGACUCUGUUUGAAAUCUUAUUGUUUGAAGACUGUGGCAACCAAUGGAGUCUAAGCAGGCCAAUGUUGAGUUUGAUACUCAUAAAUGAGAAGACAUUCUCUGAUUUGAAAGCUCAAAUCUUGUCAUCACAGCCAGUGGAUCACCACCAGCGGCUCUCUCUAUGUUUUGAUAAACUUAUGGCAGACGUUACUCUAAGCAUAGACUCAAAAAACAGGGAUAAGUUUACUCAAAACCUUACCAUAUUUCGGAAUGACUUCCGUGCCAAAUAAUUCGGAUUGUUAUGGAGUUGAUAUAAAACGGCUUCUCAAAAAACUGAGAUUGAUUGGUGUUUGUAUAAUGCCUGGAGAAUCUGUCACCCUAUGUUUGGGUGGCAUAUUGAAAUCAUGUCAUUGGAAGCAGCAACCACAUUAUGCAAUUUCUUCAUUCAGCUCUUAUGCGAAAGAAAUGUAUUCUCUGUAAUUAUGGUUUGUGGAGUGUGCUAUUCCCAAUGUAUACUUGUGGUGGUAUUGUACCCAGCUGUGGGUUAUUCAAAGUUUAUGGGUGAUACAGAAAAGAUUUUAAAGGUUUAUGGAAAUGGUCGGGACAAGAAGGGACUUAUGCAAAAAUGGAGGAAGGGAUGAAAUAGGAACCUCCUGAAGUGUAGAGUUAUUGAGUUAGAUAUAUUCUUUUUAUAACUCAUGUAUAUUAUCUAUGAUUUUCAUUUAGAAACUUCUUAGAUAUUAUUUGGUAUAUUUUUGUAUAACUGAUUUUUCUGUACUCCUAGUCGAAAUCGGUAAUGAAAGAGGAAGAAGAAACUAUGUUUGGAUUGUGAUGGAAUCAUAGAAAAAUUCAUAACACACUUGUUUUCCUCUCAUACUUUUAUAUGUUUGUUGAAUUUUAAA